CAAUGGAACGCUGGAAUGGUAAAGUGGCCGUUGUAACCGGUGCCAGCUCAGGCAUUGGAGCGGCAAUUGUAAAGGAUCUCGCCAAAGCCGGUAUGAUUACGAUCGGACUGGCCCGGCGUAUUGAGCGUGUGGAGCAGUUGAAAAAGGAUCUACCGUCGGAUGCGGCCGCACGGUUACAUGCGAUGAAAUGUGAUGUAUCGGUGGAGACCGACAUCGAGCGUACGUUCCAGCGUAUUCAGGACACACACGGAGGUGUGGACGUGCUGGUGAAUAAUGCCGGAAUUCUACGGACAAACAAUCUGCUCGAUCUUGGAACGACGGCCGAUCUACGCGCUGUGCUGGAUACAAACGUAACCGGGUUGGUGCUGUGCAGCCAGUGGGCCUACAAGUCCAUGGUGGAGCGGAAUGUCGCGGGCCACAUUGUGCACAUCAACAGUAUCGCUGGCCAUACGGUGCCAAACUAUCCGAAAAUGAACAUUUAUCCAGGCACGAAGCAUGCCGUUACGGCACUGACGGAAGUUAUGCGUAACGAAUUGCGAGAAGCGGGUACCAAGAUCAAAGUGACGAGUAUUAGCCCUGGCGCAGUGCGGACAGAAAUUCUCGAAGGGAUGGACAUCCCGGACGAUAUGCCGAUGCUCGCCUCGGAAGACAUCUCGGAAGCCGUACUGUACGUAAUCGGAACGCCACCCCACGUCCAGGUGCACGAACUUAUCAUCAAACCCAAUGGGGAAGUUUACUAA